AUGGACCGGGCGAGCGCGCACCCCCCAGCUGCAGCGAGAGGAGCUCUCUCGCCCGGAUGCAGCCUCCCGACCCCGGCUUCCCCCGCGUCAUGCAGCAGCCCGCACAGCGCCGCGGCGUCCCAGCAGCCCCCCAGCGGCGGCAUGAAGCUGGAGGCGGUGAUGGAGCACCUGCAGCGGCAGCAGGCGGCGCGCCUGGCCCUGGAGGAGCAGCGGCGGCAGGCGGAGAGAGACCAGGAGCUGCGCUCCCACAUCCAGCGGCAGGCUCUGGCUUUCUGUCACUACCAGACGGCGGUGCGCAGCGCGCUGUCCGCCGGAGACGCAGCAUCGGCGGCCGCGCUGCCGCCGAUGCUGGAGGAGGACGCAGACUCAGAGCGGCGCGCGCAGGGAGGUGACGCGGAGGAGCAGGAGGUCGUGGACGGAGAGGGGGAGGAUGGUGUGAUGCUGAGCCGCUUCCACCUGCAGGCGCGUCUGCCUCCGCGGAGCGCCGUGGCGCAUCCGGUGGCGCGCGUCCCGCCGGGCUUCAUGGAGGCUCCGUGCGCAGAGUCGCCCCCCGCGCGCCCGCAGUCACAGCACGAAUGGACCUAUGAGGAGCAGUUCAAGCAGUUAUACGAACUGGAUGAUGACGAAAAGCGCAAAGAGUUUCUGGAUGAUCUUUUCAGUUUCAUGCAGAGGAGAGGGACUCCAGUGAAUCGGAUUCCUAUCAUGGCCAAGCAGGUUCUGGAUCUCUACAUGCUCUACAAGCUCGUCACAGAAAAAGGCGGCUUAGUGGAAGUCAUCAAUAAGAAGAUAUGGCGCGAGAUUACCAAAGGGCUGAACCUGCCCACCUCCAUAACCAGCGCCGCCUUCACGCUCCGGACACAGUACAUGAAGUACCUCUACCCGUACGAAUGUGAGAAGCGGGGGCUGAGCUCCCCUGCUGAGCUCCAGGCUGCCAUCGACAGCAACCGCAGGGAAGGCCGGCGGCAGAGUUACGGCUCGGUCAUCUUCAGCUACUCUCCCGCCGGAACCCCGGGCCUCCUGUCCUCACCAAAGAUGCAGCCUCACCUGUCCAUGCUCGGCCCCGGCAGCAGCCGGAUCUCUCAGACACCCAUGGUCAAGACAGAAGAACCCAUGGUGGUGGGCUGCCUGCCAAGCCGGGCCGCCCUGGCCGUGCUGCCCGGCGGUCACCACGCAGCGGCUGUGACUCAGGCUGCCGCUCUGGAGCAGCUCAGAGAGACGCUGCAGGCCGGAGAGCCCCCCUUGAAGAAGAUGGUGACGGCUGCAGGGGAGCAGCAGAGGAUGGUGGAGCAGACUCUGCAGCAGAACCUGAUUGCUGUGGCCACACAGCUGCCCCUGAAGAUCAAAGUCAACAGCAGAGAUGAUAGACAAGAGACCGCAUUGAACCUGUCUACCAACGGCAUUAGCAGCAUCAACAUGUCAAUAGAAAUAAAUGGAGUUGUCUACACAGGGGUUCUGUUCGCUCGGCCGGCGGCCUCGGCUGCAAUGGCGGGCCAGCGUGGGAGGCACAGCAGCUGCAGGCCACAGGGAAAGUCCAGCCCGGUGUGUUUCCAGCCUUCGGGCUCUUCCUCAUGCUCGUCGUCCUCCUCCUCCUCACUCCGCUCGCACAGAUACUCCUCCCCCUGACUUCUGACCUCGCCUCCUCAACCAGUUUGUGGACAGUGUGCAAAAGAUCCGUCUCCAGGAGCAGACCAGCUGAGCUUUGAGCGACAGACUGCAGCUUCACUGUGUGACCUUGCUGGUUAUUUUCAUCCCUCCACCGUUCUCAUCCCCAUCAUUACUUUAGUAGUUUUAAACGUUUUCUUGCUCUAAAAACCCUUUUUACUACUUUCAUGAUAUUUAUAAGCAUUGACAUCAUUUUAAUGCAUUUAUAUUUGC